UGUAGUUGUCCAAUUGGUCAAUCAUAUUUGGCCAAUCUGUAAACUGCCCAUCUAGAUUUUGUGUAGCAAAUCAUAAAUCUUGUCAUCCUUCUUUUUCUGAUUGGCUCGAGGAACUGGAGUCACAGUUGUUGUGUUCAUGACGAGAACAUAACGGAAAUCACUUUUCAAAACACUAUUAUUUUUUCUGGCUAUACAGAAAGUAGCGGUCGGAUUUGUUUGAAGUGCUUUAUAGUUUGUCAGGAUGUGUAAAGUAAUCUCGAGUACAAUUUUAGUACUGUUCAACAUCCCACUUGUGAUUAUUGGUUUAGGACUUGUAGUUUUUGGUGCUUUAAUACGAUGGAAUGAAAAACUUUUGGUUGAACGAAUUACUCCUACGAUUAUCGAAGAAAUAGAUGAUGAGAAUGCACGUGAAGCUGCUCAGAAAUUAGUAGAAGAAAGAAUAACUUUAUUCGCUUCGUAUGGUUUGGCAAUUUUCUUGUUCGGUCUUUUCAUUUGCGUAUUGUCGCUCUGUGGAAUAUGUGGAGUAUGCUGCAAAAGUAAAAUAUUACUUGGCUUAUAUGCAGCAUUUCUUCUAGUCAUAUUUUUGGCGCUGCUUGUAUUCACUAUUGUAUUUGGAACACGUAAACACUGGUUCCGUGAUGAGUUGGGUAUAAGUUAUAGAAGAUCAAUUACUGGUGAUUAUCAUAUGGACAAUAAUUUUCCACCAAACACCGGUUUUACUGUAUUUGUUAAUGAAAUUCAACAAAAGCAUAAAUGCUGUGGUUCUUUUGACUAUCGUGACUUCCAAGAUAAUGAGUCAUUCAAACGACAAAAUUAUAAGAUUCCAGCCUCUUGUUGUAAAGAUAUAAAAGACAAAGAAUGCUGGGAACGUCCAACAACACAGAAUAGUUAUAAAGACACUGGUUGUUUCGAGUUUCUAUGGUCAGCGGCACAACCAAGCUAUCGAAUUAUUCUUUAUAUCUUGAUUGGUCUGUUAUUACUUACGAUUCGUUUCAGAUUUCAGUAUGAACUUGGCCAACUAAAAUGUGUCAUACCUUUGUUUCUAAUCACAUUGAUCUUUGUGACUUCAAGCUGUUUGCAACUGAUGAGAAGCCUCGAAAUAGAAUGGAUUCGUCUUAUUAUUCAUAGCAAUUAAUUGAAUAAAAAUUUACAUUCGCGAUUAUCUCUAUCUACUUGCUUACACGAUAUUCAAGGGAGAAAAUGCAAUUGUUGUAGAGAAAACAAACAAUUUCACCAUUUUAUUUGCUUUAUAUCUCUGUCUCACCUAAUAUCCCAGUUGAAUUUAUCUUUAGCACAUACACCCUAUUCAUUUAACGUAUUAUAUACAAAUAUCUAGGAUCAUCAUAUAAAUUUUAAAAUGCGAAACUGUCAAUUUAUAAAUAUUUGAUUAUGGUUACACUUUUUUGUCAUCAGUGUACUUCCUAUUGAUCACUUAAACACACGUCCAGAGUUAAAUUAGCGCCAAGUAAGAGUUUCGAUUUAGAAAACAACAAAACAAAAGAAUACUGUAAAAAGUGAACAUUUUAAAAAGGUAUCCUGUAAAAUUAAAUUUAACUGGUCUUUUCCUCUUAUUUAAAACUCUUAAUCCAUCUUCAAAAUGUUACAAAUAAAAUAUUUUAAAAGCGAAAAACAUUUAAUUUAAAAAAAGCCACUAGAAAAAAAUCUCUUAUCUAACUUCACUUUAUUGUUAUGCGGACAUCUAUUAAUAGUCACCUGAUAUGUGUUAUUCUACCUGCUUUCUUAUUUUAUACAUAUCAUAUAAACAUUAAUCUACAUUAUUCAAGUCAUAUUAGCGCCCAACCAAUAAAAAUUGCACAUGGCUUUAAUAAUAUGCAAGUAUUACCGUACAUUUUCAUAUGCUCUAUGUACAUGUAGUAUAUAUAUGCUUAUCAUUCUGCUAACAUAUUCACCUAUUAAAUAUACUUCAUGUUUAUACCCCAUCCAUUUUAUUAUUGAUUAUUAAUCAUAUUUUUUUAGAAUUUUUAUUGUUAAUAUUUAUAUGCAAAUUAGUUAGAAUUGAAGGUGAACAACAUUUCAUAUUAGAGUUAAUUAAUAGUCAUUUAAAGU